AUGUCCGGUCAGCCAGACUUUAUGACUAUACAUGACAAGAAGGGCCGGAUCGUCUUUCAACCGCCUAUGCCCUCUGAGUUGGGAGGCUCUCCCAUUCUCUUCUCCAACCGUGGCGCAAUUCAAAAGCCCAUGGACGAAUAUGCCGUGUUACUUGGGAUACCUUUUCGCUUUGGAGCCCGAAUCACCGAAUAUCAAGAACACGAUUAUCAUGCAAGCGUCUUGGUCCAGGGCUCUUGGGUCAGUGCAGAUGCAAUCAUUGCAGCGGAUGGUAUUCAUAGCACAGCUCGAAAACAUGCCAUUGGCAUCUCUCAACACCCUCGCACCAGUGGCUUUGCAGUUUACCGAACGAUAUUCCCACUCAGCCGGCUGGCAGAUGAACCUCUCACCGAAAAGUACACCGAAAGCUGCAAAGGCACCUUUGAUGAUACUUAUGAAGUUGAAUAA